UCUGAACUAUCGAGUCCCGCAUAUCUGGAAUUACCCAACUUGGCCCAAACAAAGAAAAUCCAAGCCAGGAACAAACAAACAACCCGGAACCCCAACACCCGACAUCCGCCCCGGAGUUCGGCCGGAGCUGAGCUCCAAUCUCUAACAACUCAAUUCUCACCUUCACUCCCUAACAUCUGUUACCAAUAAAACCCAAGUCCUCUGUACACAGAGAAACGACGAAAAUGCCCCUCUUCGGCUCCUCCAAACCCUCGUCGAACCCCGAUCCAUCCGAGCAGCCGCAAAACGACCCCGUCGCAUCUGCGUCCGCCGCCGCCGGGACGGAAUGGCUCGCGGGCCAUUUGCACCAUCUGACUGAUGAGCAGCAGGGGAAGUUGGAGGAAUUUAAGAAGUUGUGCGCGGAGAAGGGAUAUUAUAAGACCGGUGGUGAGGAUGGGGGAAAUGGAAAGGCUAGUCAUGAUGAUGCGACGGUGUUGCGGUUUCUCCGCGCACGCAAGUUUGACGUGAACGCUGCUUGGGACCAGUUUAAGGAUACUGAGGACUGGCGCAAGGAUAAUGCGAUUGAGAAGUUAUACGAGAACAUCGACAUUGACUCGUACGAGUCUGCACGCCGGAUGUAUCCCCAAUGGACCGGCCGGCGCGACCGCCGCGGCAUCCCCGUUUACGUCUUUGAAAUCAAACAUCUUAACGCCAAGAAUAUGGCCGCCUAUAACGAGACGAUGACUACCUCGAACCUGCCUGCGGAAGCCCAGAAAUCAUCAACUGUGCCGGAGCGCUUGUUGAGAUUGUUUGCGCUGUAUGAGAAUCUGCUACGAUUCGUUAUGCCUGUGUGUUCGAAGCUGCCACGGCCGAAUCCCGAGACGCCGAUUGUCACGAGCACGAAUAUUGUUGAUGUUAGUGGGGUUGGACUAAAGCAGUUUUGGAAUCUUAAGGGGCAUAUGCAGGAUGCUAGUGUGUUGGCUACGGCGCAUUAUCCCGAGACGUUGGAUCGGAUUUUUAUAAUUGGCGCCCCCUCGUUUUUCCCCACAGUCUGGAGCUGGAUCAAGCGUUGGUUUGACCCGGGCACAACAUCCAAGAUCUUCAUCCUCUCCGCCUCCGAGGUAAAACCAACCCUAACCUCCUUCAUGGACCCUUCCAGUAUCCCCAAGCAAUACGGCGGAGACCUCGACUGGACAUGGGGCGAUAUGCCGAAUCUCGACCAACCUGCUAAGGAUCUUAUUGGAGGUGUUGGGUCUGGAGAUGGGAAGGAGUUUUUGAAGGGGCCGAUGUUGUUUGAUGGGGAGGGGAUUCGGGUGCUUGGGAGAGAAGAGAAGGGUGAGAGAAGGUGGGAUAUCCCUGCGGCUGCCAACGGUGCUGGUGCUGGUGCUUCUACUCCUGCUGGUGACGGUGAGAAGGCUAGUGAAACUGCUACUGCUGCUGCUCCGGUGCCUGCGCAGGAACAAGCCUCUUAAGCAGGGCUGCCCCAUCUCGUCCGUCCUCGAUAAAAUAUGCACUGAAUUUUGACUUGCUCUGCAUUGAGAAACAUACAUCAUACAUUACACUU